UUCAAGGCAUCGUAUCUAUGAAAUAAUGUACUAAGUGAAUGACUGAACGCCGAUAAGCGAGUAUUGUUCUCGUAGAUAAGAUAAUGAGACAUGUCCGUUAAAAUGGUAUAUCUCAUGUUUUCGGAUAAGUAUUCUACGAAUGACAUGAGGAAUGCGAUGAUCCGGUAUCGAUACAUAGUAGCUGGAUCGAGAACGUGUGCUAUCAAUAAAAAUAUAAAAAAAUGUUACUUAAAUUUUCCACUUGUGAUCUGAAAAAAUCGAACUACUUCAUUUGCGGAUCAUCAAGCGAUUCCUUUGUUGAAACUUUGCAUUUUGGAAAAAUAGCCUUCGAUUAUCUAUUGAACAAAAUUUGAAAACAAAUCAGUCCAACUCUUUGAAAAGAAGAUGAAAAAUUUUUUUACAUCAAUUUUUCUAGAAUGAAGCAAUUGAAGAUAUAAUACAUCACUUCUACGUUCUGCUAGAUCAAAAUCAAGUGCUGUUUGUGAUACCGAAAUUAUGUUAACAUUAUUUUGUAGGCUUAAAAGUAUACACGAAGUGGUUACACUUCAAUAAAAUCAAAACGUACGCCUAUAUCUACGUAGAUCCCGUCUCAUCGUCGUUCUAAAUUCAUCAAACGAACAACGUUUCGGCGCUCUUAUUCGUCGGAAGUUGCAUAUUUCCUACUAGAAGAAUAUUGAUAAAAUUAUCAAAAUUCACUGAAAACAGAUAUAUGCUUAUUAUUUAUCGUAUCUUGAACCACCUACGUAAUGACUCCUUGUUUUUUAUUUAUUUUCUUUGAAUGUGAUGAUGAGUAAGGGACGAUGAUGCAUAGAAGAGUGUAGCAAUAUGGAUUCUACGUCCAAAAAUAAAUAGAGUCCUGAGUGUUAUAGUCGUGAAAAGAACGUGUUUUCAAUUUUCCUUGUGUAUCAUUAUUCAUUACAAAGUUGUGCGGCCGGUGACAUUAUCCAUAUGAUAAUAUUCAAUUUUUUUUUUCUAUCGAAAUGAAUCGCAUGAUUAAUUUAUUGGUUACCUUUAUCUGUUGUAUUUUUAUUUGUGGUGUUGAAAGUGCAAAUCGUUGUUGUCCUGAUAGCAUUCUUGUGAAUGGAACAGAAUGCAAAGAUGGGCUCAACAUUAACCUGGAUUGUGAUGACUAUUUGUUAAUAUUAGAUCCAUCCCGGAGUACUUACCAGGAAUUCUCCGUUAACGUUGAUCGUGAAAGAGCUGGAAAAGAGUAUUUAGAUUCUUACGUUGCCGGUUUUCAUGUUGAUGACCCCUACUUUUGCAUUGGUGACAUACAAUACUCUUUUGACAAUCGUACUCAUGCAUCCUAUAACGUAGCUGUAAUUUGUCCAUCGUUCAGAAAAUGGCAAAGCGAUAAUUACGAAAGCGCAUCUGUUCAAGCAAAAUACUUUAUAAUAUUUUACCUAUUGGCCCUAUUAUUUAAUACCAUUUCAGCUGUACUACUUUUGACGACUGCCGCAAUUUAUUACGCAUUGCCGAAUUUGCAGAACGUUCAGGACAGUUGUUACUUUUACCUCACUUUAUUUGCUGGCUUGGCACAUCUGAGUUUUUCCUACACGGAGAUCUUCAGCACGAGGGGGCUACUCCCGGAUAUGUGUAUUACUAAAUUAUAUUUGGUGGUUUACUUAGUAUUAUGCGCGAUGUCGUGGUCCAACAUUACUUCUUAUCACGUUUGGAGAUCGGCUAUGAACUACCAAAGUGAUAAUGAAGCAAAAUUAGUGAAACGUUAUAAAAUAUGCGGAUUUGGUGUACCUCUCUGUAUAAUAAUUCUUGCCUGGAUUCACGUGCACCUUAAAAAUAAAACUAAGACGAUAUUUGUUCAAGAAUGUGGACAACACGAAAGACUUGUGUAUGAAAUCUACGUUUCAAUUCCCCUCGUGGUGUUCAUUAUAUUGAAUUUCCUUAUGCAUGUACACUCUCAAAUACGAGUCUGGUAUUCACAUUCGAUUCAAUUGCAAGAUAGGAAAUUAGCGAUGAAAAUAUUAAAAUACAGAUUACUUAUGAACGGCAAAUUAUUCUUUAUGAUGGGUGGACCUUGGGCAUUACUGGUGAUGGUCACUUUGUACAACCUUUUUAUAGGCACCAGUGUGGCAGUGGUCUUAAUUGAAUUUUUUGCUGCAUUGUUGGUUCUGGCCGAAGGCAUACCUGCAUUUUUGAUACUCGUAGUAUUCCGCAAACGUGUUCUUAAGGGCAUGGGUAACAGUUGGUUUGCAAAUACGAGAAUAUAUCCAGAUAAAUGGAAGACGGCUAGAGAUUCUGAAACCGAAGAAGAAGUUACCGAUGAGGAAACUCCUUCCAGAAAUCCAUCAAGAGCUAAAUACACCGCAAAAAUCUAUAAUAAUAGUGACAAUGAUAAUAUUCUCGAUGAAUCGGCUGUCGACAUAUUAUAAAAAUACGAUUAAAUUUUUUCAAGGGUAGGUACAGGUACCUACGCAUUCAGUAGAUACUUCAUUGUUCAUUAAAAAAUGAUCCUUGAAAAAAUUGGUCUAUUAUUAAAAAUUCGAUCCAAAAAAUUUUAAUUCUGAUUUUUUUUAAACUGUUGGAUUUGAAUAUUUUGAAAAAAGCUAAAGCGUACGCUAGUUUGUGGCAAGGUUGUAGAAACAUUUAUAUUUUAAAAAAAAGAAUCUUUUUUUUUCAUUUAAAACAUUUUUUUUCGUUUUAAACAAAAAUUCAUUUUUAAAACUGAAAAAAGGUUUAAAAUUACCACAAAUGACAGUAUAUUUUAAGCUCUAUUCUCUAUUUCUUAUAUUUUCAUCUACGAUUUUAGCAAAUUGUGCAUGUUUUUUGCCAAAAAAAAACGUGUAGGUAAUUGAAAAAAAACUGAAAAUUUGAUUUUAAAAAAAAGUUUAAAACGUUUUUUUGUUUAAAAUACCUACUGUUUUUUUUUCAUUUAUUUUAAUUUAAAUGUGUUUUAAACAUGUAUAACUCUGGUUUGUGUAAACUAUCUCAAGGAACUUGUAUUUUAAAUUUCAGUCUACUGGAGAUUCUGAGAGCUAGUACUAGAUGAUUAAACACAUCGAUAAAAUCCCCAUAAGACCAACGUAAAUUCAAGUUCUCUGCCAGUCUGCUUGCAAAUUAGGCAAAAAAAUAUCCAAAAAUUCGAAAUCUGCCCUUAAAAUGUUUUUUUUUUUUUUUUUUCAAAAGAAAAUCAAAUUAAGAUUUUACUUUAUUCUUCUUGAAAAUUGCAAUUUCAAGUCCUGGAAAGCCCUAGGGCGAACACUUCAUUCGAAUCCUGGACAUUGAGCCCUGAAACCCAAACCCAAAAUUUUCCAGCCCCAAUCCAAGCCCAAGACCUAAUAAAUUGUUGAUUGAAAGCCCCAAAGCCCAAGCCCCGAUACCAUGAAACCCGAAAAAAUCGUUCGGGACCUCAUCCUUGAAAAAAAAUUGGUAUAAUUUUGUUGUUGAUGUGUUAAAAAUUCAUAAUCAAGUAUUUGCGUACCUGCCACCUGAAAGUACAGAUUCAAAGUACCUAGGUGUAGGUACAUAGUUACAGAAGAACCUGGGUAGGUAGGUUUAGGUACCACAUCCAAUGUUGAUUAGAUACCUAAAAAUAUCUGUCGUUUGAAUAUCAUCAAAAUAAUAUCAUGUCGGAAGUUGAGUAUAGGUAUCCCGUUAGAAUAACAUCGAUAAAAUAAUAACAAUUUUCUAAAAAUACGUAUACCUAUUUGGUAUUGGAUCAUAAUUUUUUAUCACAUAUAAUGUAAUGAUAAAUGAGAGGCGAUGAUGCAUGGAAUAUACGUAUAAUAGGUAUUACUUUAUCUAUAUUCUCAAGCCUGUAUAUUAGGUACAUAUGUACUACAUAUGUUGUUAUCAACAAAUUAUACUAAGAGAAGAGCACAAUAUGGAAUUGUUUCAUUUAUCUAUUUUACGCCCCCAAUUGUUGAUAGAGUUCAGAAGUGCUUCUUUUAUCAUCGUGAAAAGAACUUAGUUUUAGUCAUUGACAUUGUGCAUUAUUAUUGCAUAGUUUUGUGCGGCUGCUAACGUACCUAUUAUGUGAAAAUAUUAGUUUUUUUCGUGUCAAAAAUGAAAUACUUGCUCAAGUUA